CGGUCAUACACAAAAAAGAAAAGAUUCGUCUCCUAAAAACGAAAACUCUCAAUUCUUCAAUCUCUUCCCUCUCCGGACAACACACAAUCCAUUCUUCUUCUUCUUCUUCUUCUUCUAUUGUCUCUGUCUUCUUCACGGGUUUCAAUAAAUAAAAAACCUUUGAUCCUUCUUUUUUUAAAUAAUUAAAGUUGUCUCUUUUACUUUUUUUUUCUUUUCUUUAAUCUGGUUUUGGUUAAUAGAGACUCUCUCUCUGUUACCUCUACUGGCUGCUGCUACUUCUUUGGGAUGUGUUUGUUUCAAUUUCGAAGAAACCUUGUGAAGACGAACAAACCCAUUUUGCCUUGUAGGUUGCUUGUUUGGAAGCAAAACUGGCAGUUGGGGAAGUUCCUCUUUUGAGAGAAAAGAAAUAAAGCAUUCUUCUUUAAGCUCUGUGUUUUUUAUGGAUUGAACUACCCUCAAGGAAUAAUUAUAAUGGAUUACUUGUCUCAAGAGGAAGAUUUGCAAUUCUUCGAUGCCAACGAUGAGAUGAUGAUGAUGGCAUCAAAUCCAAGUGGUUUUGGUUUUGAUAUAUGGAAUGAUUCACCUGGAAGUGUGGUCGAGAGGCGGAGGAAGUUCUUGGAGUGGAUGGGAGUUGAACAAGAUGGUGUUCAAUCCAAGGAGUUGGUCUCUGCAGCUAAUGAGGAGUCUGGCUUUGAUGGAGCUCAAGAGAAUUCUGUUGAAGCUGAGGAGAGGAGAUCUGGAGGUUUUAGCAGUUCUUCUAGUGAUGUUUCUUCGUCUGGUUCAAGUGUUGAAGUUUCCGAGGAAUUGUCUUUGAGAGUAGACAAAAAUGUGGGUGGAUGUGAUGUGACGAGGAGGCAAAGCUCUUCAAUGGCAUCAUGUUCUAAUUCCAGGUAUUGCCAAGUGAAGGAAACAGAGAAGCAGGGGAGUAUCGCAGGGUUAGUCACGAAUUUCAAGAAGGGAUGGUUUACGAGGCUGCGGUCUAUGGGGUGUACUGCAGAUACAAAGGUUGAAUCUAGUGGUAGACUCAGAGCUUCUUCUAGUUUUGGUGAUGUGAUUUCAAGAGUUAAGGUUAAGCAAUGUAAGAAACAGGCGAAGGAGCUUUCAGCUCUUUAUCAGAGUCAAGACAUUAAAGCUCAUGAUGGUGCCAUCUUAGCGAUGAAGUUUAGCGGAGAUGGGAAGUUUCUUGCAAGUUCUGGUGAAGAUGGGAUUGUGCGUGUAUGGAAAGUCGUGGAGGAUAAGAGAUCUAGGCUACGAAGGGAUGGCCUGAAUGAGAUAGACCCUUCCUCUAUGUACUUUGAGGUAAAUGAUCUUUCUCAGUUGAAACCGGUUUUGGUGGAUGAGGAAAAAUCAAAGAAGGCUACAGAAAGUUUCAGGAAAACAUCUGAUUCGGCUUGCGUUGUCUUCCCUUCCAAAGUUUUCCGGAUAAUGGAUAAACCGUUAUAUGAAUUCCGUGGGCACACGGGUGAAGUCUUGGACAUCUCAUGGUCAAAAGAUAAUUAUCUUAUCUCGGCGUCAAUGGACAAAACUGUCCGGCUUUGGAAAGUCGGUAGCAAUGAUUGUCUUGGAGUUUUCCCUCACAAUAGUUAUGUAACAUCUGUUCAGUUCAACCCUGUAAAUGAGAAUUAUUUCAUGAGUGGUUCAAUUGAUGGGAAAGUUCGUAUCUGGAACAUUUCUGGUUGCAACGUUACUGAUUGGGCCGAUCUCAAAGACAUUAUAUCCGCAGUGUGUUAUCGUCCGGAUGGACAGGGAGGAAUUAUCGGUUGUCUGACCGGAAGCUGCAGAUUCUUUAGCAUGUCUGGAGAAUAUUUAGAACUGGACUCUCAGAUACAUUUGCAUAACAAAAAGAAGUCUUCCAAUAAAAGGAUAACUGGAUUUCAGUAUUUACCACAAGAACAAAACAAAGUCCUGGUUGUUUCUGCGGAUUCCAAAGUCAGAAUUCUCCAAGGCAACAAUGUCAUCAGAAAAUAUAAAGGUGUUUGCAAGACGAGAAGCCUCACAUCAGCGUCUCUCACAUCUGAUGGGAAACACAUUGUUUCAGCUUGUGAGGACUCCAAUGUAUAUAUAUGGAGUAAUGAUGAUGAGUCAGAUUGUUCUUCGCAAAGCAAAAAGAUUCGAUCUUUUGAACGUUUCUCCACCAAUGCAUCCGUUGCAGCAACCUGGUCUGGAUUCUCAGAUCAUAACACAACUCUCCCGUUUUCUUCUCCCUCUUGUUUAUCUCUCAACGAAGGAUAUGUCCCCGGAUCAAUAUCCAAAGGAAGCGCGACAUGGCCAGAGGAAAACCUACCCGUAAAUCCUCUGUCUACAUCUGCGAUGAAUGCAUCUCAUUACAAGUUUAUCAAAUCCUCUUACCAGAGAGCAUCUAGCUCUCUAUCAUGGGGUAUGGUCAUAGUCACAGGCGGUUGGGAUGGACGGAUCAGAACAUUUCAGAACUACGGUUUGCCUGUGACUACUUGAGAAAACCGGUUUCGUUUUCCUAACUUUGGAAGAAGAAAAAAAACAAUCAGAUGCGAUUGUUCCUUUCUUGAUAGGCACAAGCACAUGGUUCUAGCAGAUCUUGAAGCUUAUGGUGGGUCCAAAACCAGAUCCACUCUCAGAUUUCUGGAGAUAUCAAUUUAGUCAAAAAGUGUUACUUCCUCUCAAGAUUAUGAUGAUCCUGUAGAAAAUCUUUCAAGAAGUGGUCUCAGUGGGAGAUUUGACAAUCGGUUGAUGUAGACGCCGGGAUUGAUAAGGAACAGAUGUUUCUGUUUUUGGCAAUUAGUGGCGGUUGGAGAUGGUUUUUUAGACAGUACGGAUUUGUCUGAAAAAAUUGACAGGCGAGUGUAGUAGUAGGGUCCUAAAAAAAGAAGAGCCAAGUGAUCAUGGAAAGUAGUGGCUGAAAGAGAAAGAUGUUGACGUUACUUCCACAAGAAAGAUCUUCCAAUGGCUUCUCCUUAGAUUUUUUUUCUUAAAUUAGGAUUUUUAUUUGAUAAAUUUCUAACCUAGUGAUUAUUGAUUCGUUGAUUUUAUAGUGUAAUUUGAUUUUUCUAACGUGUAGAUGAGUUCAUUUAUGUAUAUGUUUAGAUUUUGAUUUGCACUUAUUUAAGGACUUACUCAGCUCCACCUCGGGAGAGGUUCCGCGGCAUUGUAGUUGUAUACUAUUUUGCAGUAUACAGUAAAACUUCUUUUUUU